GCGCAGCUAAACAAACCAGUGAACCCGACGAGCGACAAGUUUCUACGCCUGUUCCCAGCAUCUCCUCCUUUCUUUCUCUCGAGCAAGAGCCCAUCCAUAUCCCCCAUUCCCUCUCUGCCCAAGAAGACCAACCGGGCAACAACCCAAAGCCCACGAUGAGCUCGGAGCCGGAGGUCGUCCACAGCGGCGGGUGCCACUGCCGGCGCGUGCGGUGGCAGGUGGAGGCGCCGGCGAGCGUGGUGGCGUGGGUCUGCAACUGCUCCGACUGCUCCAUGCGGGGGAACACCCACUUCGUCGUGCCCAAGGACAAGUUCGCGCUCCAGCCCGGCGCCGGCGACUUCCUCACCACCUACACCUUCGGCACCCACACGGCCAAGCACACCUUCUGCAAGGUGUGCGGGAUCACCUCCUUCUACAUCCCGAGGUCCAACCCCGACGGCGUCGCCAUCACCGCGGCCUGCGUCGACCCCGGCACCCUGGCGCACGUCGAGUACAGGAAGGCGGACGGGAGGAACUGGGAGAAGUGGAUCGAGGGGAGCGGCAUCUCCGAGUUCUCCAAGCCUAAGGCCGCCGAGUAGGACCUGGCCUGGCCCGUGUUCGGUUCAGGAUUUCAGAGCCCAAGCAGCACACGAGAAACAGAGUUCUUGAAUUGACUGAAAACAAGUAUCACUACUAAGUACCAACAGUCUUCAUACGCUCAAGUGCUCAACAACACAAAGGGGAGGGAAAUGAACAUACAAACAGUACUACUAGUUUAACCAACAGGUAACCAAUAACUCUCCAACAUAGAAGUUUACAUGAAAAAAAUAGAGAUGAGCUCAGGAGAUGCUGUAAUAUCUGCCAAAGAUGCUUGGUUGCCCUACGAGCUUGAGGCUUUUCAGCACGGCGUUCUGCCCAUCAUCCGCGGCUUCUCGGACAUAUUUGAGAGCAGAGGAUGAAGAUGAAGACCAUGGCAAAUCGAUGCUAGGAGGCUGGCUCUCAGAUGGUGAUAGCGCGAGAUGUAAUGGUACAAUGGAUUAGCUUGAGAGGGAGCGUUGGUCUUUUUGUAGGCUUGCUGGAAGGGGAUAGCCUUAGCAUAUUCUUUCAGCACCGAACUUGCUGAGUCCUUUUAGGCUUUAGCCCUUUUUAUGGCCCUGCCCUUUAUACUUCACAAAGCAGAUGGUGAUCUAGUGCAAGUUUUGUUGGUUUGUCGCU